CGAGUCUUAAGUUUUACGUGUCUCUCAAGUAAGCCACGUCAAAAUAUUUGACACAAUGGUGGAAAUCGAGUCUAUGGCAAGAUAUGUCUCUCCUAUAAACCCUGGAAUUUUUCCAUUAUUGGCAGUGGUAUUAUUAGGAAUUGGUAUAUUCUUUACAGCAUGGUUCUUUGUAUACGAAGUUACUAGCACAAAAUUUACAAGGGAUAUGUUCAAAGAAUUGUUAAUUUCUCUGGUGGCAGCAAUAUUUUCUGGUUUUGGAGUACUUUUCUUACUUCUUUGGGUUGGAAUUUAUGUAUAGAAUAGUCCUGUUGAGAAAAAUUAAUUUUAAGACCAC